AUGGGCCAAGGCUACAGCUAUCAAUCAUGCUAUACGGACUUGGUUCAUGGACAGCGCACGCUGGGAGCCGCUACAUUGGUCGCCAAUGACAUGACCAUCGAAAAGUGUAGCAGCUUCUGCUCCAACUACAAAUACUUCGGGGUCGAGUACGCAAAGGAAUGCUGGUGCGGCAACACCAUUCAGGAAAAUCAAGUUGUCGCAGUUUCAACAGAAUGCAGUUGGCCUUGCAGCGGCUCAUCCUUGCAGACCUGCGGUGCUGCCAGCCGCAUCAGCGUCUACGAGCGUUGGUUGUACUUCCCUGCCACCCACGCGACCCUUGCCGAUACUCCUUAUGUUGGCUGCUUCGCCGAUGGCAACACCCGCGUGCUUCCCAGCAAGCAAUUUACCUCCGACUCCAUGACGGCAGCAGCAUGCGCUGCCAACUGCGCUGGGUACACGUACUUCGGCACACAAUGGUCUCGAGAAUGCUGGUGCGGCAACACCCUCCCGACUGUCAGCGCUCCGGAUGCGGAAUGUUCGAUGACAUGCACUGGAUCUAGCUCCGAGACCUGUGGAGGCAGCUUGAGGCUGAGCGUCUACGGACCUAAUGCCAACGCUGCAUACAAUCCCGGAAGCACUUCCAAUACGGGCACUAUCUCAUCUCCCGCUACCGUUUCCAACUUUGCAUAUCAGGGUUGUUACACCGACAAUGUCCCCCAACGUGUACUAUCGGGGGCAGUCAAGUUUGAUGGCGCCAUGACCCUCGAGAUGUGCGCCUCUUUCUGCAGCUCCUCGAACUACGGAGUCUUUGGCGUCGAGUACUCUGGCGAGUGCUACUGUGGAAACUCUUUGGACACCGCCAGCAAGAAGGUGGCCGAGACUGAGUGCACGAUGAAGUGCAAAGGCAACAACGCCGAGCUAUGCGGCGAUGGAAAUCGUCUCAAUGUCUUUGCUCUUCCCUCCGGAUCCAUCACAGCUACUGCCAACCCGACCGGUAGCACAAACGGCUUCUGGUAUCAGUCAUGCUGGAACGACAACAUCAACGGCCGUUCCUUGAAGGAGAACAUCUUGUUUGCCGACGACAUGUCGGUCGAGAAAUGCGCGAAUUUCUGCAAGAGUUAUGCAUACUUCGGUCUCGAGUACGGCGGCGAGUGCUACUGUGGCAAUACACUCGGAGGCACAAAGGCUCCAGAGGCAGACUGCAGCCAGCAUUGUAAAGGAGACGGUACACAGUUCUGCGGCAACGGUAACAGACUCAGUCUCUACAGCAUUAACCCGCCUGCAUGA